UGUUAAUGGGAUUCUGAAACAUAUAUUCCUCGGAAAGUUGUAAUAACAUUAUGGUUGCAAUGAAAGUUGGGGAGUUGUUAUUUCUUUGUUUUUAUGUUGUUUCAGUGACUGUGGUUGCUUCUAUAAAUGUGAAUGAUGAAAAAUGGUUCUGGUUUAAGCACGGCCCUGGUGGUUUGUUACCCCCCGGUGGAUUUGGUCCUGGCAGUGGUUUGCUCCCUCCUGGUGGUGGUUUGUUCCCUCCUGGUGGAUUUGGCCCUGGCAGUGGUUUGCUCCCUCCCGGUGGUGGUUUGUUCCCUCCUGGUGGAUUUGGCCCUGGCAGUGGUUUGCUCCCACCUGGUGGUGGGUUUUUCCCUCCUGGUGGAUUUGGCCCUGGCAAUGGUUUGCUCCCUCCAGGUGGUGGUUUGUUCCGUCCUGGUGGAUUCGGUCCAGGUGGUGGUUUUGGCCCGGGUGGCGGUUAUGGCCCUGGUGGUAUAUUUGGCCCAGGUGGCGAAUUUGGUCCUGGUGGUGGAUUUGGUCCAGGUGGUGGAUACCGCCCGGGCCCUGGAUUUGGCCCUCGUACUGGUUUUGAAGUUGGUGUUGGAUUUGGUGGCGGCCUUAAAACAGAUGGUGGUUCUGGUAGCAGAAUUGGUAAAGGCAGUGGAAUUGGGAAAACUGAACGCCACUGAUUCUUCUUUUGUUGCAUGCACUCGAGACACAAAGAUUGAGCUUAAAAAAUAUGUACCUGUCUGUGUGAUUCUAGCUUGCUAAAUAAUUUCUUGAUCAAGUGUAUUACAAAUUCCGAUUAGACAUUCUGUCGUCUUGAUCAUUAUAAUCCACUGGUCAAAUUGAAAUCA